AUGGCGACUCGAAUCUCCGGUGAACAACAGUAUCAACAGUCUUCGUCUGAGUACGAUCAUCACACCGCCGCAGUUUCUCCUCCUCCUGCUCCUAAGAGAAGACGUCGUAGUAGUAGUAGUAGCAGCGGCGUGGAAGCUGCUAUCGCCAAUGCUAUCUCUGAAAUGGCAGCUGCAUCGAAGCUGCGCACUACUGCUUUGACGCAGCAGAAGAGCAGGUUCUCUCUUGCCGAGUGUAUCAGAGAGCUACAUCAGAUCCAGGACUUGCCAGAGAACGUCUACUUCGACGCACUCGAGUUCUUCAACAACCCAACCGCAAGAGAGACAUUCUUGUCCUUGAAAAGCCACUUGCGUUUGGCUUGGCUUCAGUUUAAAUCUAAUGCUGCUUCGCAUACAUGA